AUGCUCGCUGUGUCACAGGCUAGGGCAACGCUGCUCAUACGGACCGCAAGCAUCGCGUGUAAGGAGCCAGCCGAUUUCGGCUCAUGUGCAGAGCCAGGAACUCCAGGGGAUAUCUCGAGUUCUGGGAGGCUGCAGCGCAUCGAAGAAAGACUGGAUAUGAUGGCAAUUUUACUUCAAGAAGGGUUACCACGGUCUAAUUCAUUACGAGAAGUAUCAAGUGAUAACCACCUCAAUGAUGGUCGCGAGCUGCAAGAGGCUUCUUAUGACGACUUCGAAAUAAUGGAUUGCCCAGGGAAUCCUUCGCUGGACUCCCAAGAAAGCGGUCUUCCAGUUGCAUUUAUCGAGCAGGAAGUACAGACUUACCUUACCUACUUUCAUGACCAGCCAUAUUGUCCUUUAUCAAAAAGGUGGUUGUUGAGACAUACCAGCUCAUUGCCACCAGAGGUCGCAUUCCCAUUAGUGGCCCUCACUUCCCGUCUUCCUCGACGAUCUCGUGGUCCUUUACACGAGAAUACACCCGAUGCGAAAAGAUUCGCGGAGAAAGCUUGGCACCUUUUGUCAAAUCAAUACAAAGACGGCAGUAUGGGUCUUUCAUUUCUCCAGGGCACAUUCCUCAUGGCUCAGCUAGAUUUUGCCGACGGAAAAGCGCAUCGAGGGUACGCGUCUGUUUCUCUUGGAUUACGUGCGAUCCAAUCCGCGGGGUUGAACAAAGAAAAUGACUCGUAUUUCUCGGAUGACCCGGAGAUCGAAACGAGAAAGCGCAUUACUUGGGCCUUCUUUAUGCUCGAUCGCACUUAUAGUGCUUCCCGAAAUUAUUCCCUGUCCCUGUCAGACAAGCAGUUCACACUUCCAUUUCCUGUCUGCGAGACGGAUGCACUUGCUGGUGAUAAUGGGUCAUUAGCCCAUGGGUCUUUGCAUGAUGGUCCUGGAAAGCAAGGGCAGAAAGUUGAUCAUGGCAUUCUCGUAUGUCUUUUAAGGCUGUAUUCUUUAUGGGGUAAAGCUACGGAGUAUGUCUUUGAGCCCUUUGCCGACAGCUCCCUACCUCCCUGGCAAACUGGAUCAGCUCUUGCAAUCCUCGAGUCAGAAUGGUUACAAUUCGAAACCCAUUUUGCAGAUGCCCAUCGAUAUAUAAACGUGGAUUUCAAAAGCCGCGCCCGAGAAACCCCACAGCCACGUACAUACCUCUCGACCUGGGUGUGUGUCCAAUUCCUUUUUCAUUCCAUCCAGGGCCUGCUGCACCAUCCAUUUGUGAUCAUGACCAAGCUUCGCAACUUUAACGGAAAUCUGUCGGCAACAUUUCUGCAAAAGUCGUUUGAGACAUCACUCCUCCACUCCCGAUGGAUAGUUCGAUUCAUAAAAGAAAUGUCAGAGGUCAACUUUGAGACCUGCGAUCCGUUUCUGGGAUAUUUGGCUGCGAUAGCAGCCACAAUUCAGCUCGAGCACACUGGAAGCAAAAAUCCGCAAAUUGCUCUUCUGCUCAACAAAGAAUUUCGAAUUCUUGUUGACUUUAUGACGGAGCUGUCUGUGUAUUGGGAAAAUAUGAGCAUUCUGGUGAACAAAGUGAAUGAACUUGCCGCUCGUCAUCAGAAUUAUGGCUCACUCUAUUAUAAUCAAGAGGGUUUCUCGGGUGCUUUAUCCAAAAUGCCAACCCCUUCGAAUAUGCCUAGAAUGUCUGCAGAAGAUGAGUGUCUCAUGUGGGAGAUUCUCGAUUUUGGCUACUCAUCAGGAGGAGAUGUCGCAAUAAGCUUCGGUAAUUUGGCUAUCCCCCAAGGCAGCCAAAUCCAAGCAAAUGAAGGACAUCCCGCACAAAGCAGAACGUCAAGGCCACAACGGGUAGGUCAGCAAAACAAGAAUGAUCAGAGAAGGCGCUUGACCCCAACUCUUCCAAAUCUUGACGAAAUAUCUGAAUCCAUCCACGAAGGUCCUUUGCCUGAGUGGCCAUUUCAAACGCGAGGUGGUGGUGAUAUGAUGGGGGCAGCAAUGCCGGACAUUCCAGAUUGGAUGAUCUUGGGAGAUUAUAUGGCAGAGCAUUUGUGA